UCAAGAUCAACUGUACACGUCAGUAGUUGUUGUGGUGAGGUUAAGUGUUUUUUUGACGAUCCUCGUUCAAAGUCUGAAAUUUCGCUUUUAGUACUUCUUAACAACGAAGUCCAACUUUCAUUUUAGUAUCAUCAUUGCUGUUAUUUAGUGCAUCCUCUUGUGAAAGAUUAUAUACAUCAAAAUGGGUCGUGUUUUUGUAAUUGGUGUUGGAAUGACAAAAUUCGAUAAACCAGGCAAACGGGACGAUGACUAUCCUGAAUGGGGCAAGGAAGCCAUUCUCCAAGCCUUAGGUGAUGCCAAAAUCAACAUAAAGGAAGUGCAACUUGCUACUGCUGGAUAUGUGUAUGGAGAUUCAACUUCAGGCCAAAGGGUCAUCUAUGAAGUAGGUAUGGAGGGCAUUCCAAUUUUUAACGUUAACAAUAAUUGUUCUACCGGAUCCAGUGCUUUAAUGUUGGCGAAAGAAUUGGUAGAAUCUGGUAAAUGUGACUGUGCUCUCGCUGUAGGUUUUGAAAAAAUGGAAAGAGGUAGCUUAUCAUCUAAAUUUAAUGAUAGAACAAACCCCAUGGACAAACAUGUUGAAGCUAUGUCUGAAUUGGCAGAUAUAGUUAAUGCACCGAUGACAGCACAACUAUUUGGUAAUGCUGCAAUAGAACACAUGAAGAAAUAUGGAACUAAACCUGAACAUUUCGCCAAAAUUGCGUAUAAAAACCAUAAACAUUCUGUUAACAAUCCAAAAAGCCAGUUUCAAGAUGAAUAUACACUAGACCAAAUCCUGCAAUCGCCUAAAAUUUAUGGCCCCAUAACCAAGUUACAGUGUUGUCCAACCAGUGAUGGCGCUGCAGCAGCUAUCGUUGCUUCCGAAAGAUUUGUUAAAGCUCACGGAUUAGAGUCCAGAGCUGUUGAAAUUCUUGGAAUGGAGAUGGCCACUGAUCUACCAUCCACAUUUGCAGAUAAAAGUUUAAUGAAAAUUGUAGGAUAUGAUAUGACAAAAUUGGCAGCGGAACGAUUGUUUAGAAAAACAAACCGAAGACCCACUGAUGUUCAAGUUGUUGAACUUCAUGACUGUUUCUCUGCUAACGAACUUAUUACUUAUGAAGCUUUGGGACUGUGUCCUCCAGGUAAGGCAGGAGAGCUCAUAGAUCGUGGAGAUAAUACUUAUGGAGGAAAAUAUGUAGUUAAUCCCAGUGGAGGAUUGAUUUCUAAGGGACAUCCUUUGGGCGCAACAGGAAUAGCUCAGUGUGCAGAACUUACGUGGCAACUAAGAGGCGAGGCUGGUCCAAGACAAGUCCGAGGGGCUAGAUUAGCUCUGCAACAGAAUAUUGGCUUAGGAGGAGCUGUAGUAGUAGCUCUGUAUCAAUUAGGUUUCGCUCAAAAUCAAUCGCAGGUUACUAGUACUACAUCUGGUCCAAAUUCAGAUUUGGUUGGAGGAGAUAAUUUUGAAGCCUCUAAAUAUUUAAGGAUACUUCAACAGGCAAUGAAUGAAGAUGAAGAAGGAUUAGUAGAAAGACAUAGAGGAAUCUAUGGAUUGAAAGUAGUGAAAAAAUCAGGUGAAACUGGAUAUUGGGUGAUCAAUACUAAGGUAGGCAAAGGACAGAUAGUAUUUAAUGGAAAAGACAAGCCAGAUGUUACUUUCAUUGUUAAGGAAGAGGAUGUUUUAGAAUUAUUGUCUGGCAAAAUUCCACCACAGAAGGCAUUUUUCCAAGGCAAAGUAAAAAUUCAAGGGAAUAUGGGUGUAGCCAUGCGAUUAAUAGAAUUACAGAAAACAGCCGCUGCCAAAAUUGAGGUACUUAGGGCUAAGUUAUAAAUUACGUUUAUAGGUAAUUUUCUUUAUCUUUCUGUAUUGUGUACACUAAGGUUUUGUUUUAUCUUUUUGGGAGUAUAUAUUAUAUAAGUGACAAAACAUACUUUCUUGUUUUACACAUCACUUCCUGUAAAAAUAUUGUACACGCUGUACAAUGAGUCCUUUAUGUAAACAAAUAUGUAAGUAUAAAUACUUGCUCUGUUAUCUCCUUUUUAUUACAUAUUUUUGUUGAUAACUUCAGAAUCUAUUGACCUUUUGUGAAAUACUUUCAAUAUUUUGUUAACAGUUGAAGACCAGUGUAAUUUUUCCUGAGAUACUAAAUUCAAAUAUUUUUGUUUCAAACAAGUUUGUUCCGUAAAUAAACUAGACAUGUAUAUCAUUGUAUAUUAUUAAUAAUAUGCAACCUUGAUGUCUGUAGGUAAAUGUUCUUAAUGAAUUAAUGGUUUUUCAUAAUCAUAGUUCCAAGUUCACCAAAAUAGCAUUAUUACAAUAUAAAUUUUUCGAUGUACCUACCUAUUUUUUUAUAAUUUUUUUUUAUUUUUCACUACUUGGUGGAUUGUACUAUUUUUAUUUGAUGGUAAAUAAAAAAUUCAGAUAUGGUAUAGGUAUGAACCUGGUUCCUUGAAACAUAUAUUUCUGUAUGUUAAAUUAGUAAAAUAAAUAGGGGUAUUUAUUCCCACUCAGAAGAGAUACAAAUUCAUGUUCCACUAGCAAAAACAGGAAUAAAACGUUUACAGUCCCUGGCCAUAUUAUUAUGACCACCUAUGAAUUUUUACAAAAAUCAACUAUUCUACUAGGUAUGUUUUGUUUAAAAAAUGAUUUUUAAAUUUAAUUUUGUUAUGUCAUGUUAAUGUUAUAAAUUAACUAUAUUAUCUUUAAUAAUAAACACCAAUAAAACAUUUGAAAAUAGUACAUAUUUAUAUACUUUUUAAUACUUUGUUGAACUUUUGACCUUAAUCAGAUCGAAAAUAUUUGGGAGCUUUUAAAAUGACGCCACAAUGACAAAUUGAAGCAAAAAAAUUUAACUGCAUUCAAAUAUGCCAAGACGUAUACAAGUGCUAGUCAAAGUUAAAGGGGGCUCAACAAAAUAUUGAAAAAAUAAAAAGAUGUGAUAUUUUUAAAUGUUUUAUUGGUAUUUAUUAUCAAAUAUAAUACAUUUAAUAAUAAACAGCAAUAAACCAUUUGAAAAUAUCACAUAUUUGCAUUUUUUAAAAUAUUUUGCUGAGCCCCCUCUAACUUUGAUUACUGCUAGUACCCGUCUUGGCAUACUUUGAAAGCAGUUAAAUUUUUUUUUGCUUCAAUGUGUCAUUGUGGUUUCAAUGAUAUAUUAGUUCUUUAAUCAAAACAAUUUCGUUAGUGACCUUUUCAUUGGAAAUUUCUCGUUUUAAAAGCUCCCAAAUAUUUUCCAUCUGAUUAAGGUCAGAAGUUCAACAAAAUAUUAAAAAAAUAUAAAUAUGUAAUAUUUUCAAAUAUUUUAUAAUAACAAUUAACAUUGCAUAACAAAACUAAAUUUAAAAAUCAUAUUUUAAACAAAACGUACUAGUGGAAUAGUUGAUUUUUGUAAAAAUUCUUAGGUGGUCAUAAUAAUAUGACCAGGGACUGUAUAUAAAUGAAUUCGAAGAGGGAAAUAAAUACAUAAUGUACUGUACACUAUAUUUUUUCUAUGUCCAUAAACAUGUCUUAUGUCACUAUAAAUUUGUCUUAUUCUGUUUUUUAUGUACCCUACAUAAUUUGUCACAUUUUUACCAAAGUAUUAUAAGUCACAAUAACCCAUUAUGUAUAAGCCAGCCUAUUUAUAGAUUACUGAAAAAAAAUUUUAUCAACCCUUGAAAUUUAGAAAAAAUUUUCCAUAGAUAUUUUAGGCUGAAUUACUGAAUCAUAACUUUUGUUGCAUUAUAUUUUGCAAAUUUGCUGACUUCGUUUAGAUUAGACUUAUUAAAAUAUACAUAAUUUCAUUAUUCAGUUGAAUGUGAAUCUGUGCACUAGUUGAUGAAUUUUUUUAAAGUUACAUAUAACUCAUUGAAGCAAUUUAUAAGUAGCAUAUAGUAUUCGAUUCAGCUACACAUUUUGGGAUUUUGGUGAAAGAAUCGGUUACUGUUAUAAUUUUGACUAUAUACUGGCAAAAUAAUUGCUAUCACUGACUCCGAAUAUUUGACAUUAGGAUCAAGUGUAUUAUUUGAUAUGUUAGAUUGGCUAAAUAAAUAAUAUAAAUUUAUGGCUUCUCUAAAAAUGAGUCAAUAAGUCAAACACCACUUUAUUAGAAUUUCGUCGAUGUGUAACUACCUAAACUUGAUUUUGAGUACAAGAAGUAUAGUAGGAAGUUCAAUAACUUCAACAUCUGACUAAAGUAUUUACGGAAAUAAACUUCGGUGGGAAAGAAUACUUCAUGGAGAAAGGUGAAAAGCAGAUGUCCAGGAGAAAAUUGUAAAGCCAAACUUAUUGUUUGAUACAAUAUCAUAAAACAUAAACUUAUUUUUAUUAAACGCAAAUAAAAAUGUUAAUUUCUGUAACUGUUUUUAACUUGUUCAUACAUAGGUACAUACUUGCAAUUAUGAUAACAGCAACGUUAAUAAGAUGAAAUUUGAAAAAAAUAUUUGAUCGUUAAUGGGUUAAGUGGAUUGUAUGUCACAAAUUUUUCGUUUUGAUUCUAUAAUAUCUAUAAUUUUCUUUGUAUAUUUUUUUAUUAAAAUUUGAUACUUAAUUAUUUCAACAGAAAGUGCAUUUAAUUAUAAUACCUACUUUCGAUAGACUGACUGAUAUGAAGAAAAAGCUGACUUAUAAUACUUUGGUACUUUAAAGAUAUGUAGAUUGAGUCUGUAAAUUGAGUCUCAUAACUGUGCAUAAUGCUCAUUUUACUAUUUUUUCCAUAGAAACUACUGAAAAGUAAAAUGUAACAUAAAUGUGGUAUAGGAUAUUCAAAGAAACAAUACUUUCUUUAUUGUUGGUGGUUAUUAUUAUAUAUUACUUGUUUUUAUGUAGCCAGAAAUAUUAUUUUGUAAAAUUUUAUAUUAUUAUGUAAUAUUUUAAUAAACUUUUGAAACUAUUA